CUGCCCCUUUAAGAAAUGUUGCGUCACUUUUGUGAGCGUAAACCCGGAAGAACUCUGUCAUUACGUCCAACAAAAACAUGCUUCUGCUCUGUGGGGAACAGUUUCUCUGUCUGUAAAUUGUGUUUUAUGAAUCCUGCUCGCUUUUUCGUUGUUAAAUCAACGAGUUUCAGACGAGCUAACGGUUCUGCCGUGGUCUGUCGACUCGGAGCCAAAAUGUGUAAAGAACUCAAAACCAAAUUAUUUCAUUUGUUGCCGUCGACCUCCAACGGGUCGACGACUCACCAGGAGCUCCAAACAGAUGGCGCUGAGAUCUUGUCUUGCACAGUGAAGGCUCUGAAGGAUGGUCAUGUUGUUGCUGUGCCAACUGACACCAUCUACGGCCUGGCAUGCCUGGCCCAGAAUUCUGAAGCAGUCCAGAAAAUCUACAAUCUAAAAGAAAGAAACGGAGUGAAACCGCUGGCUAUUUGUGUUGGAGAAAUCCAGGAAAUCUACAAGUACUGUAAGGUGAAGGUGAAGGGGGAGCUGUUGGAUGACUUGCUGCCCGGUCCCGUCACGCUGGUGUUUGAGAGGUCUGAAGCUCUGAACACAAACCUUAACCCCUUCACUUCACUCGUAGGUGUUCGCAUUCCCGAUCACGCCUUCAUGAGGCGCCUUUGCCAGAUGUGUGGGGAACCGCUAGCACUCACCAGCGCCAACAUCAGCUCACAAACCAGCACGGUGGAAGUCCAAGAGUUCCAGGAGCUCUGGCCGAAGUUGGCUGUGGUGGUGGAUGGUGGACCCAUAGGGGACCAGAGCCGCCUCGGAUCAACGGUGAUCGAUUUGUCGGUCCUUGGAAAAUACCGCAUCAUCAGACCCGGCUGUGCUCUUGCUUCUACGCUCGACUUGUUGGAGCGUAAAUUCGGACUGUCAGAGGACCCGGGGGAGGAGUGACCUUUAAACUCUCCACACUCUAACACACACGCUGAGACGCACAACCGGCUUUGACCCGGGAACACGAUGGGAGAACGAGAAUCGGUGAAUCUACCCACCCCGGGAAAAGCGCAAUCUCGGAAAGAAGUCGGGUCCGACGCCACAGAUGGUGGCUGUCAUCGGGUCAGGUGCUUUUUAAGAGGUCAUUUUGUUGUUGUUUAUUUAACGGUGUCUCCAUUUAUUCAUAUAUGUAAGUACCAGGAACUGUUUGAGUUUUUUUUGCCUAUACUUGUAUUGUUUUAUAAAUUAUAAGAGUUUAUUUUUGGUUUUUUAACGGAUUCAAGCUGUAAUGAAUCAAAUCAAGAAGUUGUUUUAUUUGAUGCCAGACAGUAAAAGUCAGAUUUCUGUUUUUAUCUUCUGACUAAUCAGAUCUUUUUUUCAGAUAUAUUAAAAGUUAAAUGAUUUGAUUGUUUUUAUGCUCAUGUUUGUCUACCAUGUGAUGCAGCUUGUUUAAUGGAUUGUAAUGUUUCUGAUUUAGUUGGAAUAAAAGUUUUUGUCUCAAUCCUGCAUGAA